AUGUCGCAAGCUCACAGAAGCAGUGUCAGUCAACAUUCGCCCUCAUCUUGCCAUUUCACAAGUGACUUAGAAGAACUAUCUGAUGAAGAACUCGUAAAACAAAUAAACGAUUUGAAACAACAAAUCCGUGUAUUAUCUCUUGAAAAUGAGAUUAUCGAGCGAACUAUUAUGAGACUAGAACCGUCUUUAAUGCAUGGGAUUCAACAAGCCUUAGAAUACGUUAUUAGACUUCAAAGUUCUUCAUCACUGAACGUCAGCAGUUUCGUCAAAUCUCAAGCGUCCAAGUUUGGAAUGGAGACUCUAUUGAGCCCAUCGAGAUUAUUCACAAGUCCUUCAAAGGUGUCAUCAAGACGAUUUGACUCAUCAGGUAAAGUUAGUGGGACUAUCAUUUUCGGAUCCGGGCCAAGAAUUAAUGUACUAGAACGUUCGGAAUUAGUGUCAAUAGAAAUGGAAGCCUUGAUCAGCAGUUUGGAAAAGAAUCGAAAAAAAGCAGAAAAAAAACAAGCACUUCUCAAGGCUCAGCUAGAAGAAAUUGGCAUAAGGGAAGUAGAGAUAAAAAAGGCGAGCGAGUUCUUCGAACAAGAAGUUGUGGUCGAAGGUUGGGACAAAAUAGCCCAAAGGAUUCCAGCAGAAAUCUGGAUACGUUUCAUGACAGAGUGGGUUAAGAUCUGCGAUAGUCAGAUAGGCAAAUUACGACUUAGAACAAGUACUUUAAAUACUCAAUAUAGCAAACUAAAAGGCCAAAUAAAAGUGAAGGCAGAAUUGAGUGAGAGUUUACAAGCAGUUGAUUUCGAGAAGUUAAAAAUCGAGAAUAGAGAAUGCUUAGAGAUAAUAGAUUACAAAUUACAACAGUUAGGCGAAUUGAAGAAGAUGACAGGAGAUGCUAACCUGAAUCUGACAAUACAUAAAAAGGCUUUGAUGGAACAAAACGCGUAUUUAAGCAACAUCAUUAAAUCUAUCAAAGAUAAGCACAAACAAACCAUUGAGUUGGAUAAAGAAAGAGAAACGAUACAAGUUCAAGCUGAUAAUUUAGCUCAGAAAUUAGAUGGUGUGAAGAAAGUUAGAAUGGCAUAUGAAGUACCAGAUGUGAUGGAUUAUGUUACCGUAAAAUCAGAAGUGGCAGAUUUGAAACAUAGUGUAAAGUUAUUGGAAAAUAGACUCCAUAUACAACAGAUUGCGUUGACUUCGCUCAAUAAAAAAUUAAAAUCGAUAUUUAUGAAACAA